AUGUCUGGACAAACGACAGUUGCAUCUGAGUAUUCAGCAGAAAUAAAUACAGUACCAAUAGAACAUAGAUUUAAUCCGUAUUCAGAUAAUGGUGGAACAGUGUUGGGAAUUGCGGGAGCUGAUUUUGCGGUAUUAGCAGGAGAUACAAGACAAGUUGAAGGAUAUUCCAUACAAUCAAGAUAUGAACCUAAAAUACAUAAUGUUGGUGAUAAUAUAUUAAUGACUGCAAAUGGUUUUGCAGCUGAUGGAGUUGCAUUAAUUGAUAAAUUUAAACAAUCUUUUAUAUGGUAUAAAUUUGAUAAUGAAAAUAGAAAAUUAGAAAUUAAAAGUGCUGCAAGAUAUAUUCAACAUUUGUUGUAUGGUAAAAGAUUUUUCCCAUUUUAUGUAAGUACAUUAAUUGCUGGUUUAGAUGAUGAAGGUAAAGGUGCAGUAUAUUCUUAUGAUCCAGUUGGAAGUUAUGAAAGAGAAAAAUGUAGAGCUGGUGGUGCAGCAGCUAGUUUAAUUAUGCCAUUUUUGGAUAAUCAAGUUAAUUUUAAGAAUCAAUUUGUACCUGGUACUGAUGGUAAAGAAAGAGUAAAAGUACAUGAUUUACCUUUGGAAGAAGUAAUACAGUUGGUAAGAGAUGCAUUCACAUCAGCUGGUGAAAGACAUAUAUAUGUUGGUGAUGGUUUAGAAAUAAUGAUUGUAACAAAAGAUGGAGUAAGAACAGAAUAUUAUCCAUUGAAAAGAGAUUAG